UUACAUUAGUGCUUAAAAUCUUGUUACAGCGUCCUGCUUUUAAACAAGCCCCGCGGUGCGAUACAAAUAAUCUCCUUACCUUCUCAGCUGUUUACCAACGGGCAGUCAUCUGACGGUAACUUCGUUGUGCUGCUGUAUUAUAGUUAUGUGUCGCUUGUCUUAGCCAUUUGCUUUUCGUUUAAAAGUUUUUAGUGCUUACGCGCGUUUAUCGAACAUAUGCUGGUCGGGAAGACAAGCUUGGCUCGACAACAGUCCGAGUUUGAAGCAGGUGCGUUUUGCCGCCAGUGCAGCUGCCAUGUCGAUCCAGGCCGGGCUCACAGCAGACUCUGUCAUCGCCCUAGUGCAGCGAUAUCUCGGGAAGGAGCGGCUUCACUGGCGGCCCAGCACCUAUGCUUCACAGGGGGAAGAGAUCACGCCUGUUCAACGGAACCACACCGUAAAAUGGCUGACUGUCCUCAACCGGUACCUGAAGUUCAAUCCUGAGACUCUCUUCCUCUCGGUCACACUCAUGGACGAGUUCCUUCGCUUGGUCAGAGCACAACCAAAGUACCUGAAAUGUAUUGCUAUUUCGUGCUUCUACUUAGCGUCCAAGAUUAUCGAGGAAGACGAGGUGGUUCCACAUAUCAAGGAUCUGAUCAAGAACUGUGACUGUAUCUUUAGUGUGUCUGAGAUUACUCGCAUGGAGGCAUUGAUUCUCAAGAAACUCAGAUGGGACCUCUGUCGAGCCACAUCACUUGACUUCCUGCACGGGUUCUAUGCCCUGCUGGUGUUGAACCGGAGCCUUCUCCUGCCAGACCAGCCUGAGCAGCAGUUGGCAGCUUUGGGUCCGCUGCUGGAAACCAAGCUGCAGGUCUGCCUCGAUCAGGCGUCUCUGGUGGCAACAAGGCCCUCUACCUUAGCCCUGGCCCUGCUCAGUCUAGAGCUGGAGACCUGGACUCCCAACUGGUUCGUCAUCACUAUCGCCCUGCAGCGGCUGGCUCAGGUUGAGAACAGUGACGUCAUUCGGUGCCGAGAAGAGUUGGCCUGCAUUUUUGCCAGAGCUCGCACGGCCGUGUCACGAAAACACCGGCACUCAGACUCCCAGAAUGCCCACAAGCCGUCAAAGAGAAGGAUGGAGACGACGGACAUCGAAGACAUCUACGACAGCAUCAAAAGGCUGUACGGUGAGGAAAUGGCAUCUACAACGUCGCCGCCUCCUGCCAGCGUCUCUUGUGGCAUGCACCAGGGCCAAGGUGGCAUCAGCAUGCCUGGAUUUCCAGUCCGCGCCAUGUAGAAAAAAAAAAAAAAAGGAACUGCCCCAGUGAAUAGCCUCAUGGAAGGACUCAUACCAGAGACCAAGCAACGGAAGCCAGGCCUGGUGCCAGCCCAAGGCAUUUUUUUCCCGCCCACAUCACUAGUCCAUUCUUUGUCUUAUUUGCUUUUAUUAGGGCAGGGCCAGUUCAAUUGCAACAAAAGGCACCCCCCCCCCCCCCUCUGAAUAUUUCAGUGCUGUAAUUGUAGCAGGAUUAUGGUCUAGUCGCAUGCCACACAAAAAAAAAUAUUACCACAGCUUACUUUUUCUCUUGAGGUUUAGCAGCUGUGCAAUGGCACUUCACCCAUGCAACCACAAUCUUGGAACACUUUUGUGAGACUGCAUAAUAUCUCACAGGCGGCUGCUUCCUGGUUUUGCUGGUGUGCUUUAUUAUUCUUUUUGUUGGAAUUAUACAUUUUGUUAUACAUACACACCCACGCAAUUGGUUGCCACUGCAUUGUUUUUAGUUUGAGCAUUGUCACCAUUGUGCAUGCUACGUGUUUGGUCAAUGCUGCAUCGUCAGAGGCCUAGAGAAUGCCCAUUUUUAGGAAGGGUGCUAGAUCCUUCUUUUAGUUUACGAAAAGCAAGUGUACCUUUACGCGGAACAAAUGUAUGUUCUUGUCCACGUUUUCCUGUGCUUUGUGCGAGUGUGUGCAGAGACGUUUUGAAAAAGCUAUUUUACACGAGGGCCAUGUGAGGCCUUAUAUCUUUCUCUCCCCAGCCCGUGCAGUGGGCCGGUAGUGAUUUGAGGAAGGUCACCAAAAACGUUGCAUUUCAGAAUAAUUACGCAAGUUGACGAGUGGUUGUUUGAUACAUGUCGUACAUUGUAGUACAGCUACACUUUACAAUACAUGUCUCACUUAAAUGGAAUGUUUCAUUAGCAUUGUAGCACUAGUUAUAGCUUGUAUUAUAAAUGGAUAACUUGCAGGCUCAAUUGCUUGGCUUGUUGCAUUGGCCAUUCUUAUCUGAGAAAAGCAGCCGAGUAAAUAUAAUAAUGUUUUUGAAUUUUGUCUUCACGAAUAAUGGUGAGAUGUUUUCCGAAAGUGUGACACAUAGCACGUCUGGAAAUUUGCAGCAAUAAGUGCAUUGAACAGCACCUUCACUUGCUGUGUCGUAUGUGUUCGCGGAGUAUCUGUUGAUGUUCUUCAAGUCCACUUGUCUGGGCAAGUGCUACUUUAAUUUCUCCCAGAUGUAAUCCACUGAAAACACUUCAUUCCAGUGCAUGAGUGGCAUGUUGUCUGUCAGCCAUCCCUUUUUUACAAGCUUCUUUCUGCGAGCACCGAAUUUUAAGCCUACGGGCGUCGUGGAAUUUCUGGGGAGAGCUCAUGUCUCGGAAAGUGUCCAUUGUUUUGUCUCAUGUUCGUGUCUUUCUGUUUUAUAUAUUGUAGAUUUUAUGUUCUACAAGAAGAGUACAUUGUAAAAAAAAUGUAUAAUAUGUAAAAAAUGUAAAAAAAACUCAUAAUCCUUAAAAAACCAAAAAAACAUUGUAAAUGAUCCUCAUUUCAUCACCCAUUUUAUCAUUUUUAAGAGAGUGCAAGGCGCAUAGUUUUUUAUGUUUCUUUUAAUGCUCCCAACAUGCCUGUGUUGUCCCUGUGAGAAAGGAAUUGCUGCCCAGUGUUCUGGCAACCCACUUCUUUGGAGGCAUUAAAAACGAGUAAUUUAUGAAACGUA